AUGGCGGAGCUCGUCACUCACACGCGCGCCAUGCGCAGGGCCCAGGACGAGGUCCGCGCGGCUGCCAGCAGCUCAACCCGUGGCGGUGACGGCGUCAACGAGGACCACGUCGCCCCGAUGGACUACCUAAAGGCCAUGGUGAAGGAGACGCUCCGGCUGCACGCGCCGGCCGGUGCCGCUGCUUGUGCCCCGGGAGCUGCUGGGCUGUUGGCUGACACCGAGAUCCUGAGGUUUGUGCCGGAGAGGUUCUUGGUGAAGUCUUCGGCUCGCUGGGGCCCGCCGCCGGAGGCGAGGAAGACGACCCUGAAUCGAUGA